CAGCUCCAGCAGUCUUCUUAGCGAAACUUAACAGGUCUCAGCCAAAAAAACCAAAGCGGUCAAAUCGAUGCCUCAAGUCAGCACUGUUUAGUCCCGAAGGCUUUCACCUCUUAGUCAUAUUCUAACUGUGAAAUCAAUCCUCGGAGCGCGGCCCGCUUCCAACCGAGUCCACAGGGAGGAUCAGAAAUAUCAUUAGCAUCUUAAAAAAGAGCCAGAGGAUGACGUCAUACCCAAACAGGAGUUAAGGGAAAAGAGCGGAGAGAAGCUAAGUGGGCAAGGAAGUUCAACACUCCUCCCCUGUGCACCCUCAAUUAUUCCCAUAAAUAUUAGUAAGCUUUAAGCCGAGAACUCGCAGCACAAAGUCACGAAGGCUGUGGCACUUAGACGUCCUGCUUUUUAUCCCUUUAACUCAGGCAUCCGCAGACCGUUGGCAAACCUCACCAGUUCCAGCUUGCACUUUUCCCCCCUCAGUUUACAGAGGUGCUGCUGUUACGUGUCACCCACCGAAGGCUGUGCAUUUUCAACACUUCACCACAAGUGACCUGCACCCCUCUCCCUCUCCCUCUCUCUUCUGUUGCUUUAUAUUUCGACAUGCAUGCAUCUCGCUGCGGUGCAAAGGACUGGAAUUUCUGGUUUGAUUUUUGAAGAAAGAAAGAAAGAAAGAAAGAAAGAAAGAAACGAUCCUAGCUCUGACAGCGACCACCAGACCUAAGGAUUGCUAUCGGCGGCUCAUCGGCUGUGGUGUGGGGAGCAAUUGUCACUUCAGCACAAAGACGGAGGGAAUUUUUUUGAAGCAAAGACAAGAAUUUAAAACACCUUCAACGACAGGGACUCCGCGAUGAGCAAACCUGCAGGGUCAACAAGUCGCAUUUUGGACAUCCCAUGCAAAGUGUGCGGGGAUCGCAGCUCUGGGAAACAUUAUGGGGUGUACGCCUGUGAUGGCUGUUCCGGAUUUUUUAAAAGAAGCAUUCGAAGAAAUAGAACAUAUGUUUGUAAAUCGGGAAAUCAGGGAGGUUGUCCUGUUGAUAAAACGCACAGAAAUCAGUGUCGAGCCUGUAGGUUGAAAAAGUGUCUGGAAGUGAAUAUGAACAAAGAUGCCGUUCAACAUGAACGAGGACCCAGGACAUCCACAAUAAGAAAGCAAGUGGCUCUCUAUUUUAGAGGACACAAGGAGGUGAACGGUACGACGCCACACUUUCCCGCAGGCGCCAUUCCCGGUCCUGCCUUCUUCACCGCAGUCACGCAGCUGGAAGCGCACAGUUUGGAGCUCUCUGCAGUGGCCGGCACGCCGGAGAGGCAAGCCAUCGUGGGUCUGGCUCAACCCACUCCAAAGUAUCCUCACGAAGUGAGCGGCACCCCGAUGUACCUCUAUGAAGUGGCCACUGAAUCCGUCUGCGAGUCUGCUGCAAGGCUGCUAUUUAUGAGCAUCAAGUGGGCAAAAAGCGUACCGGCCUUCUCUACUCUGCCCCUGCAGGACCAGCUAAUUCUGUUAGAAGACGCCUGGAGGGAGCUGUUCGUUUUAGGCAUUGCACAAUGGGCCAUUCCUGUAGAUUCGAGUACUCUGUUGGCGGUUUCUGGUUUAAAUUCAGAGAACACAGACACCCAGAGGCUAAACAAAAUCAUCUCGGAAAUUCAAGCGCUUCAAGAGGUAGUUGCACGCUUCAGACAACUCCGACUCGACGCUACUGAGUUCGCAUGUCUCAAGUGUAUAGUAACAUUCAAAGCUGUGCCUUGCACUCACAGCGGGUCUGAGCUAAGAAGUUUUCGCAAUGCGGCGGCCAUAGCCUCGCUACAGGACGAAGCCCAGCUUACUCUCAACAGUUACAUACACACCAGAUACCCAACUCAGCCAUGCAGAUUUGGAAAACUCUUGCUACUUCUGCCAGCGUUAAGAUCGGUGAGUCCAUCCACGAUCGAAGAAGUGUUUUUUAAGAAGACGAUAGGCAACGUGCCCAUCACUCGGCUUCUUUCUGACAUGUACAAAUCCAGUGACAUCUGAAAGGCCAACGUUUCAUGUGAACUCUUCUCAAAGACUGAAUGUCGAAAGGAAUGCAGGGAUUUAAUAUUGUCUAUUCUAAAGAACAUUUGUCAUUUCAUGCUGUCAGAAAUGUCGGUAAAGGAAAGUAAAUGGUUUAAGAGUACAUGAAAACUCUUCUGCUCAUAAUAUCCAAGAAAAAAAGGAGUUUACAUUUCAGAAAGGCUUUCUAUUACUCGCGCCUGGAAUUCCGUUUUAAUUAGUCUGAAAAACUCUAUUGAUAAAGGAGUCAGCGACGAAACCCAUCUGGUUCAAUUUUA